AUGAACCUGGACCAGCUGCUCUCCAUCCUCACACACUCGGGCAAAGGCCUGCGCAUGCUGUUCGACCACGUGCAGUGGAUGUGUGCCUUGCGCCUCCUCGGGCGCUCUCGCAGCCACAGCUUACAGCAGCCCGUCGCCAAGAUUGCAAACUUCUUCUGGCUUGCUGCCCUCGUCGUCUCCCUCUGCCGCAGCGCACGCAAGGCACACCGCAUCUGGCACGAGAUUGAGGUCCGCCACAGCGAGUACAAGGCCCUUCGCCUCACCGUCAAGGCGCUGCAGGCCGCCGCAAACCAGGCACACGCACCCAACACCACACGCUCACUCCCACGCGAGAACGGUGCUCAUGGUGGCUGUGGUGGCGAUACUGCAGGCGAUACUGCUUCAGAUGUAGCAGACGACGCGGCCCAUACUGCAGACACAUGUGCCAGAACCGACGCACAACAUCAUCAACAACAACAACAACAACAACAACAACAACAACAACAACAACAACAACAACAACAACAACAACAACAACAACAACAACAACAACAACAACAACGGCACCAACAACAACAACAACAGCACCAACAACAACAACAGCACCAACAAGAGCAGCAGCCACAAACCGAGCUGGAGCUGCGAAAGCGACAGAAGGACGAGCUCAAGGCGUACAUUCUUGGCCUUCGCGACCAGUACGUCGCCGUUGUCAUCGACAUGACACGCGAGGUGUGCGAUCUCCCAGUACCCGCACAUGCCCUCAACCUCAUCCCAGCCCAGACAACGGGUAUGGUGGGCUUCUUCGGCACCAUCUCCUCCGUCGUUGGCCUCUACCAGGUGUGGACGCGCGUGAUUUCACAGAGAAACCAAGUCGCUGACCUUCGAAAACACGCCACACCCACACCCACACCCACACCCACUGCAACCACAACAACAACAACAACAACAAUAGCCACAACAGCAACAGCAGCAUCAUAA